AUGACGAUGAUGGGUGAAAGCUUACCGGAAACUCCCCGUCCGACGAGAUCUCUUGCAAGCCCCAAAAUAACGUUCACCAUUGGACAUUGGAAUGUAAGAACGAUGUACAGAGGAAGAGCAACAGCACAGAUAGCAAGGGAGAUGGAGGGGUACCACCUGGAUGUACUUGGAAUUAGUGAGUGCAGAUGGACUGGAGCAGGUAGAAUGAAGCUGGCAACAGGACAGACACUGGUUUACAGUGGCGAGGAAGAACUGCACGAGGAAGGUGUUGCCGUCCUGAUUAGUCAGAAAGCAGUAACAUCGCUCAUGGAAUGGACUCCUAUCAACAAGAGAAUCAUAACAGUCAGAUUCUAUUCGAGGUCUAGAAGAAUAAUCAGCAUACAAGUCUAUUCCCCCCACAACGUGAAAGAAGAUCCUGAGAAGGAGCAGUUCUAUCAGGAGCUCCAGGAAAUAGUUGAUGGAUGUAGCAAGAACGACACCAUCAUCAUCAUGGGGGAUCUGAACGCCAAGGUUAGGAGUGAUAACACCGGAUAUGAGAGGGCAAUGGGUGUGCACGGGCUUGGAACACAGAAUGACAAUGGAGAGAGACUACGCGAGUUCUGUCAACUGAAUGGGCUGGUUAUAACAGGUACAUUAUUCCCCCACAAAGACAUCCAUAAGGCAACAUGGAUGUCAGCAAUUGGACAAGUAAAGAACCAAAUCGACCAUCUCUUGAUCAGCAGGCAGUGGAGAUCAUCAAUACUGGACACCAGGGUACAGUGGGGUGCUGAUGCCAACAGCAUCCACUACCUGUUGAGGACCAGCAUCAAACUACGCCUUCAGUCACACAGAAAUAAGAAAAAGGUUAAGCCAAAUAUCGAUGUUGACCGACUGAAGGACGAAGAAACCAAGCGAAAAUUCUGUGAGUCAGUGAGGAGUAAGCUUGAGGAGAACAGGACUGAGAUUGAGGAUAUAGAGGAGAUAUGGGAACAACAGAGGAGUGCCUAUACCAAAGCGGCAGAGGAAGUGCUUGGGUUCAGGAAAGGGAAGAGCAAACCAUGGAUAAGCGACAACACCUGGAAACUGAUCGAUGAGAGGAAAGACAUUAAGACCAGGACUGACAGUACUCGCUCAGAGAGGGUCAAGAACAGGAUGAAGGAGGACUACAGGGAGAACAGAGAGGUGAACAGAAGUGUGAGGGAAGACAUGAGGAGAUGGCUGACGGAGAAAGCACACAGAGCUCAGGCAGCAACAGAGAACGGGCGACAGAAAGAGCUCUACUGCAUAGUGAAACAGCUGACAGGACACAGCACCAGGCAAGUAGCUGCGGCAAAGAGCAAAGGUGGAGAGCUGCUGAAGAACAAAGAAGCUUGGAACGGAAGAUGGAAGGAGCAUUUCUAG